CCCCAGCGGCGAUUCUUGGCUUUCGCGGUGCUGUGGUCGGUGGUUACCUGCGCUCUCGUUUUUCCCGGGUCUGCGAGGGUGUUCGUUGCCAUCGCCUGUCAGGUCGUCGCCUGCCCCGCGGGAUCAUGAUGCCCUUCCGCCUCUCUCCGGUUUCGGGCUCGGGGCUCAUCCUGUUCUGUCUGCUCCUGGGAGCUGUUCAAUCCUCUGCAUUGGAACUUAAUUUGACAAAUUCAAACGGUACUUGCCUUUUUGCAAAAUGGGAGAUGAAUUUCACAAUAUUUUAUGAAACUACAGACAAAACUUUUAAAAAUGUAACCAGUUCAGAACUUCCCAGUGUGACAUAUAAUGGAAGCAGCUGCGGGGAUGACCAGAAUAGUGCCAAAAUAGUGCUACAAUUUGGAUCCGCUGUCUCUUGGAAUGUGAAUUUUACCAAGGAAGCAUCUGAUUAUUUUAUCGACAGCAUCUUGCUUUCCUACAACACUAGUGAUAACACAACAUUUCCUGGUGCUGUAGAUAAAGGAAGUGUUGCUGUUGAAAGUUCUCAGAGAUUCAAAAUUCCAUUGAAUGACAUCUUUAGGUGCAAUAGUUUAUUAAUUCUCAACGUGAGUUCUGUGGUCCAGCACUACUGGGACAUUCAUGUACAGGCUUUUGUUCAAAAUGGCACAGUGAGUAAAAAUGAAUACGUGUGUGAGGAAGACAGAUUCGUCACCACUGUAGUGCCCAUCAUUCACACUACUGUGCCAUCUCCUACUGCGACACCCACUCCAACACCCACUCCAAUUCCAAAGGUUGGGAACUAUUCCGUUACUAAUGGCAAUACUACCUGUCUGCUGGCUACCAUGGGGCUUCAGCUGAACAUCACUGAGGAGAAGGUGCCUUUCAUUUUUAACAUCAACCCCACUACAACUAACUUCACUGGCAGCUGUCAUCCUCAAACUGCUCAACUCAGACUGAACAACAGCCAAAUUAAGUAUCUUGACUUUAUCUUCGCUGUGAAGAGUGAAAACCGAUUCUAUCUGAAGGAAGUGAAUGUCAGCAUGCUUUUGGCUAAUGGCUCAGUUUUCAGUGUUGCAAAUAACAACCUUAGCUUUUGGGAUGCCCCUCUGGGAAGUUCUUACAUGUGCAACAAAGAGCAGGUGAUAUCCGUGUCUACAACAUUUCAGAUAAACACCUUUAACCUAAAGGUGCAGCCUUUUAAUGUGACAAAAGGAAAGUAUUCCACAGCUGAAGAAUGUGCUGCUGACUCUGACCUCAGCUUUCUUAUUCCUGUUGCAGUGGGUGUGGCCUUGGGCUUCCUUAUAAUUGCUGUGUUUGUAUCUUACAUGAUUGGAAGAAGGAAAAGUCGUACUGGUUAUCAGUCUGUCUAAUCAACUCAGUCUAGCGCACCCACUGGCUAGCAGCAAAGAAUCACUGUGCGCUAGCCUCAGAUUUCCAGACUGACUACAGUGAGUUGCAGGCUGCCUUGGGCAUGAGUCGUGUUUGAAAAAUGUACUAGGACCAGUCUUUUCCCCCUUCAUUUUCUUCUACAUUUGUUAAGAUGUAACUGAAAGAGCACUUACACUUUAGACUACGUCUCUUUAAAGUAAAUCAUUUUAAGCAUCUGGAUCCAAUUUUUGAAAGCAUUUCUACUGAAGUAUAAUUUUAUAUGUUGCAGUUAGUUGUAUUUUGCUACUUUGAUGUUAUUUGCAAAAUCAAAGCUGAUAAGAGAAUUUAACUUGCUUCCCCAAAUAAAGUUUAAAACUUAAUCAAUUCAUCUUCUUUGGCAAACAUAAAAUUUGACUCAUAAUGAGUUUCUUCCCCUUCUAAAGAGAAUUAUUUAAACCUGUGUAAUUCUUUUACUUACAGAGGAGGUCUGACUGCAUGUCUAUGUGAAGUGUUGAGUUCUGCCCUCAUAACUGCAAAACUUAACGUUUUGAAACAAAAAUGCACUCAAAAGAAAACUAUUAGAACUAUAAUAUUUCAACAAGAAUUUUUCUUUUUUGGGGGGCUUCUGCAGUUUGGAAUGCAUUCGUUAUAUUUAUGCUGCAAGAUGAAGCAGCACUCAGCAUUUUGUAAGGUGUCGAUUUGGAAUGGGCUCUGUGUUUUUUAAGGCUAUGAUUUAGAACUGUUUCCCUGCUUUUAACUUGUUCAGAACGUUAAUUCAUCCUGCACAACAAAAGAAAACCGCUUCUGUAUACGUUUUGUGCCUCAGUGAAUUCAAAUCGAUAUUUCUAAUGCAUUGACGUUUUCCUCUCACAGACACUCAUGCUAACUGUAGAAUCUAGUGGGCCCCGGCGUGCCACCCGUCAAGUGGCCGCCAACCAAAACUCGGCUGGGAUGCUCUUAGAAAUGUAUUGAUCUUGAUAGACAUAUAUCCCUGUAGGAGCCACCGAUGAUUCUGGCUUCUGGAGUAGGGCAAUAAGAUACUACUCAUCCGUAUGUUUUCUGGAUUGAAGAUCUUCAGCUGCUGAAUUCCUGGAAGUUUAAUGCUGUGCAUGUUUAGGUUCCAAAUGUCAGCUUUGCACGCCUGAUCUUAGCGCGAGGCAGAUGCUGAUUGUCUUGAGCCUUUUCCCUCUCGAAUAAAAACAAAAGAAUCCAGAGAUUCACUUCAGAGAUUUUGGUUAAGCCUAAAAUAUUGAUCUUAAGUCUAAGUGAUGUCAGUUUGGUAGCAGAUCCCAGGAUCAAGUCCCAAUCUACCUCUCAGCACAGUGCGGCUGCUCAACACUAUGCUGCUGUCGUGAAUUGUUGCCAGGAUAUUUUGCCAUUAACUGUGGUUAUGAAAUUCUGUUAAAAAGAAAGCAAGUUUGUCAGUUUGCUUCCCUACUAUCUUACCUCUAUGUCCAUCCCAAGAGCAGGGACUCCCAACUGGGUAGAGUGCCAGAUUACGCAGUCCCAUCUCCUUUAGCAGAGUCAAGUGCUCCAUUUGCUCCAGUAUACACAGAAUGGCUUUAAAAAGAUGUCCUCCAAAGGCUUAUGCUUAUUUGUUAUGCACUAAAAGUCACUUGGUACUAUAAACAACAAUGGCUUCAUUUUGACAUAUAUUUGGGAUGAUUAUCUAGAAGCCUGAUUAAGUAAAUGGACUUUUUGGCUUGCUAAAUAUAUGACUUGAAUAAUCGGAUAGCUUCCAAAAGUUUGGGUUUAUUUAAAACCUUUUUACUUUUUGAGCAGGAAACGAAUGUAUCUAAUUCUUCGUUAGGAAUCAUGGCUUUAUCUUAGAUAAUUAGCAGACAUGUCUUUUAUUCUCUGAGCAUUAAAAUACAAAAAUUUUAGAAGGUUAAAAAGCUGCUUCAACUCCAGUCGAAUAUAGGAAGUUUAAAGGCUGUGAACCGAGUUUGAGUGUUCAAUUAGCUCUUCUCGGUGAGUUCAUUUUCUAUCAAAGCAACAGUGGAUUGGACUAGGACUUUGAACUCAUGAUAGGCAAAUCAUUUUCCACCCAAGCCUCUUUGGGAGAACUGAUGCUUGCUGCUCUUUAAAGUUUUGGAUUUAUUCAUUUAAGGAACUAAUGAAUCGUGGAAAAAUAAAGUAUGCUGUGGUAUUCAUUUGAUCUCCUAUGUGUGAUUUUGAAUUGAUACAUUAAAGCUAAUAAAGGUGAUAUAUAUUCCAUGCCA